UUUCUUUUCAAGGAAGGAUGAAGUGGUGUGCCCUUUUUUGCGUUUUCUUUCUAUGUUUUCUUGCCAAUAAUUUCAGUGGUGCCAGAGUCAUUCCUGAAGGGGUACCCUAUGACGAAUCUCCAGCUGUGCCCUACUGGCCAUAUUCCACCUCAGAUUUCUGGAACUAUGUGGAGUACUUCCGCAGCAUCGGGGCCUACAACCACAUCAAUGAAAUGGCCAGAACAUUCUUCGCCCAUCAGCAUCUGGGAGACACUCUGGGCUAUGAAGUGGCAGAGCAGCAUGAACAUUGAGUUGAUGUGACAUGAACAAGAGAUUUAGUUUAUGUCAAGAGAAAUGAUGUAACACUGCAUGUAGUAAUGUUCCUAAACACCAUUUAGAGCCAUAGAAUGAUGCAUUGUAACUUGUGCUAAAGCCUUAAAAUGUACAAGUAGGCUAUUAUUAAAAAGCUUUUAGUAAAUAGUUUUCAUUAUAUUAUCAAUAUUUGUUGAAAUUAAAGUUCUUCACGUCAGAUUUUACAAUGAUUCAUGGUGAUACAUGUUGGGAGUGUAAAUAAGCAAGCAAAAGAAAACC